AUGACUACUCAUCUAGCCUGGUUGUUGAUGCUGGUCCUGGGAAACAUCCUGACUGCUGGUCAGAUACCACCUCAAGGCUUUAGAUAUGCAUCUUAUGAAGUGAUCAUCCCAAGGAGACAAAAUGCCAGAUAUAGACAACAAGAUCCUAAGGAAGUCACCUAUUUGCUGAAGAUUGAGGGGGAAAGCCACAUGGUGCAACUCAGACGGAAGAGAGACUUGGUCCCUAAACACUUCCCUGUUUUCACUUACAGUAAGAAAGGAGACAUACGGGUGGACUAUCCUUUCAUCAGGGAUGACUGUUUCUAUGAUGGUUUAAUACAUGGUCGGCCUCACGCUCUGGUUGUCCUCAGCACUUGCUCAAGGGGCCUUAGAGGUCUAUUGCGAGUAGAAAAUAAGACCUAUGAAAUUAAACCUAUCCAGACAUCUUCUACCUUUCAACAUGUAGUGUAUAGACUGGAAGAAGAGGAAGAGGUUAUCCAUAUGAAGUGUGGGCUAACAGUGGAAAAGCAACAUCAUCAAGAGGCCAUGAUCAGAAAAAUAGAAAAUGUAGCGACUAAAAGUGCUCUGAAAGGAUCCUGGUGGACACACAUCAGAUACGCAAAAAUUGCAGUUGUAGUAGAACAUGAACGAUAUGUCCAGUUUGGCAGAAAUGAAACUGUUGUUGCUAUGCAAUUGCUGGAUAUCAUUCAUAUUGCAAAUUCACUAUAUGAGCCACUUGGCAUUCAUGUAUCCCUAGUUGGGAUGGAAAUAUGGUCAGAAAAAAACCUCAUACCAAUUGCUGAUACAUUGGAUACUGUGCUUGAUGAUUUCAAUCAAUGGAGACAAAAUGUACUUGCAUCACGCUUGGAACAUGACGCAGGUCAUUUAUUUAUAUAUAAAAAAUUUGGAACUGAUCUUGGAUUAGCAUAUGUUGCAGGUAUGUGCACACCUGAUUAUGCAUCUGCUGUUGAAUCAUACGUUGCUCCUAUUUUGGUCUCAUUUGCUACUAUUUUUGCCCAUGAGUUAGGUCAUAACCUUGGCAUGAGGCAUGAUGAAAGACACUGUGUUUGUGAUCUACCGGACUGUAUUAUGGCCAAACGUCAUACUCUCUCUCAUAAAUUUAGCAACUGCAGUUAUAAUGAUUAUUACACAGAAAUUACUUGGGGUAGAAAAGAAUGUAUGAAAAUAUAUCCCGAUACCAAUAAACUGUAUAAGCUCAAAUACUGUGGAAACAAAGUAGUCGAACAUGGAGAGCAAUGUGACUGUGGUUCAAAAUUAAGUUGUGAAUCAGAUCCCUGUUGCCAAUCUGACUGCAUGUUGCGUUCUGGUGUCACUUGUGCUUUUGGAGAGUGCUGCUCCAAAUGCCAGUAUCUUCCAGCCGGAACUAUUUGCCGGAAAAGUAAUAGUGUUUGCGACCUUCCAGAAUACUGCAAUGGGACUUCAGAGUGGUGUCCUGAAGAUGUUUAUGUACAAGAUGGUGCUCCAUGUCAAGAUGGUGCAUACUGUUAUCAUGGGAAUUGCUCUACUCACAAAGAUCAGUGCAAAAUGAUCUUUGGCUCACAAGCAAAUGUUGCUGCAAAAAGCUGUUUCAGAGAACUGAAUGCUCGACGUGAUCGUUUUGGCAACUGUGGUAUUACUACAGGCUCAGAUUUUAAGGAGUGUAAAGUUCACGAUGUCUUUUGUGGCAGGAUCCAGUGUGAAAACAUUAAUUAUUUACCUUCAUUGGAGGAGCACAAUACCAUAAUUCAAACUCGCAUUAAUAAUAGACUGUGCUGGGGAACAGAUUACCAUAAUGGAAUGGGGAUAGCCGAUAUUGGAGCUGUUAGAGAUGGAACGCCUUGUGGCAAAGGCAUGAUAUGUAUUAAUAGGGAAUGUGCAAGUGUUUCACUCUUAAACUAUGAUUGCAAUGUAACCAAGUGCCAUAAGCGAGGAAUAUGCAACAACCACAAACACUGUCAUUGUGAUUAUGGCUCAGCUCCACCAUACUGUGUAGGUAAAGGUUAUGGUGGCAGCAUUGACAGUGGUCCCCCUCCACCCCAUAAGGCUGUCAGUGCAGGAACUAUUGGAGGAAUUAUAAUCCUCCUUGGUGUUGCUACUGGUACAGCCCUGGGUAUAUAUUACAGGUCUAGACUGAUGUCAUGUUAUAGAAGGCUGGGUGGAAGACUCCAUCCGAUGGCAUAA